AUGGUCUGCUUUACUCAAGCCGAUUCACCUUUUGACGAUCCAGAACCUGAACCUGAUGAUCCCGAGUUUGAACCGGAUGAUUUUGAUCCUGAACCAGAUGAUUUUGAUCCCGAACCAGACUCUGAAUCAAAUGGUCCCGAAUUUGAACCAGAUGAUCCCGAGUUUGAACCAGAUGAUCCCGAGUUUGAACCAGAUGAUCUCGAGUUUGAGCCAGAUGAUUUUGAUCCCGAACCAGACUCUGAAUCAAACGGUCCCGAAUUUGAACCAGAUGAUCCCGAGUUUGAACCAGAUGAUCCCGAGUUUGAGCCAGAUGAUCUCGAACUUGAACCAGAUGAUCCCGAGUUUGAGCCAGAUGAUUUUGAUCCCGAACCAGACUCUGAAUCAAACGGUCCCGAAUUUGAACCAGAUGAUCCCGAGUUUGAACCAGAUGGUCCCGAAUUUGAACCAGAUGAUCCCGAGUUUGAACCGGAUGAUUUUGAUUCUGGACCAGAUGAUUUUGAUGGACUAGAUUCUGAAUUGGACGGGCUUGAUUUUGAACCAGAUGAUCCCGAGUUUGAGCCAGAUGAUUUUGAUGGACUAGAUUCUGAAUUGGAUGGGCUUGAUUUUGAACUAGAUUCUGAAUUGGAUGGUCCUGAUUUUGAGCCAGAUGAUCUUGAUGAUCCAUUUCUGGAAGAUCUUGUUGAUUCUGGCCCAGAUGAACUCUCACUAUUUGAAUUCGAAGGUUUGGAAGAUUCAGGGUUUGAUUUUGAUGGAUCCGCGAUGCUAGAUUCUGUAGAGCGAGACACCUCUACAGAGUUGAUAGAGCGUGUCCUUGAAGGCGUGGGCUCUCUUGAACUAUUUGCAUUUGAUUGA